GGUAGUUGUCAUUUGAAACGACAUUUUAAGUUAAAAUAAAAUUAACAUAAUCUUUGUCCAUGGUAAUUAUUGAUGAAUAAACUCAAUGGACAGGUGGUUCAGCCACCGCUAUACAAAGUAAUCAUGGUGGGCAGGGAUGAUUCUGGCAAAAAUGCCCUAGCCCUUCAGUUCAUGUACAAUGAGUUUGUUGAGGACUAUAGCCCAACAAAAGCCGAUUCGUACCGAAAAAAGGUUAUUCUGGACGACGAAGAGGUUCAGAUCGAUAUCCUGGACACCGCCGGACAGGAGGACUAUCCGGCCAUUCGUGACAACUAUUUCCGUUCGGGUGAAGGAUUUCUAUGCGUUUUCUCGAUCACAAAACACGAGUCCUUCACUGCUGUCAAUGAAUUCAGGGAGCAAAUACUGCGAGUGAAGGGCGACGACAACAUC